AUGCUUGUCAAGCAGGAACUACCACCCAGGAGUCUUUGCUCCACCACACCGACUCAGGUUUCCACGAGUCCUACCACUCCCACUCCUCCCACUCGCACUGAGAGUCCUGUGUCGUCUACUCAUUCAUCUACCCUUGGAGGCUCGGGCAAUACCAAACCAAACCCAACUUGGGAGUCUAUCAAGAUCAUGAAGACGGCGCGUCCCUAUCGAUCACACAAAUACCCCGCUUGUGCUCGUUGUCACAAACGUCGUUCAAGAUGUACAAUUGAAGUCCCAGGCCAGGCUUGUCUGCUUUGUCGAAUGCAUGGUGUGCCUUGUUCCUCAGCUACUGCCAAAAAGGACGACCGCGUCACUCCCAGAAUAGGUUUUGUCCAUCGAUCCCUUCUUACGGACGACAAGGCUGCUGAGACGUAUUCCCAUAUCGUUGGGCCCGUCAUUGCUCGAGAUACACAGAUUUUAGACCAAUACCUUCCCCAGGUGAAUGGGCAUUCCCAUCAUGUUCCCAUCCAACCGAACCUUGGACGCCGCGAGUCUAGUAAACCAAUCUAUCAUGUUCCAGUUCCUCCUAGAAGACCAAGUCCCACGGAAUGCAAUUGCUCUACGAACUUACCAGCGAAACUCCUGGAACAGGUCGAACCUUUCCUCGAGAAACUACUGACCAACUAUUAUGAUCAUGCGCAUCCAUGUUAUCCCGUCACAGAAGAAGACUGCGUCAUGUCCCGUAUCAAGGACAGGAACUCCCUACCUCAGACUUUCUACGUCAAUCUCAUCAGUCAAGCUCUCUUCUACUGGGACGUUUCGCCGGCUUUAGCGAACCACGCUAGACCAGAUCAAGACGCUGCGUGGCAGGUCGCUGUUGCCGCAAAUACUGCCGACAUGCAGAAGAGUGACAUUUCCACCAUCAUCGCCAUCUGCAUAAAUCUCGCUGGGCGGCCAUCCCGAUGUCUGGUCAACAAUGUUGCUAAUGUUGCUCGUGCCGUUGCCCUGUCGCACUCGAUAGGGCUGAACCACGACUGCAGCGAGUGGAAGAUGAGUGACAUGGAGAAGCGAAUUCGUUGGAAGGCUUGGUGGGGAGUCGUAAUUCAGGAUCGCUGGUUCAAUUUCGCCCAAGGCACUCCACCAUACAUCUCAAAAGGCCACUAUGAUGUUCCAUUCCCAACCGUGGAUCUACUCACACUGGGAAGAGCAGGCUCAAGCAGACACACUCGAGCAGCAGAAGUCUACAUCCAAUUGUGUCGCCUUACAGAAAUCGUUGGUGACGUUCUGCCACUCAUCUACCAUAUUCGUUCUGGUAAUGACAGCAUUGCCGCCGAACAAACCUCAAGAUCCGAAAUUGAACUUAACCGGUGGAUGGAGAGUCGUCCUAGUUGGUUGAAUCUGAAUGAAUUCCAUAGCAGGCCACCCGUACCUGGUCUGGUCAAUUUGCAGCUAUCGUAUUUAUCCGUUCGAAUGCUGCUUCGUCGAAUCGCUUGGCACGAGAUCAGUCAAAGAGAAAGCGAUCCGGCCUCUUCCUGGCUUCUAGGCUGCCAGGCUGCGGCCGACGAUAUUGUUCGAUUUGUCACGUCUUUACACAAACAAGAUUUGUUGGGCUUUUGGUUACCAUACAAUGCACAUCAUUUCACUUCUGCAGUUACAUUACUACUGCGGUGUGCACUACAAACGAGCUACUCGAAUGUCCGAGCGCAGUGCAUGACCAGUGCCCGUACCUUAGUCGACUGUCUCAGACGAUUUCACGAGGAGGAGAAAUGGGACUUGGCAGAGACUGCCUUAUCACAGAGUGAAUCAGUCCUCAAGCGGAUCGAGGAUUCCUUACCGCAGACCCCCCUCUUGAGGACGCCAAGCAUACCUCCUACAGUCCUGCGACAUGACCAUAUGGGAAAUCAAGGUUACUUACACGAUAGCAUGAUGGGAGAUCAAUUAUCUGAGGAUGAUUUUCUAGCACAGCAUGGCCAGUCAUCGAUCGAGGAACUGUUCCCAGAGAUUUUCGCCGAUUUCACUGAUACUGCAUUGUUUACUGGGUCGCUCCAACUCGAUGUCGGUGUGUAA